AUGCCGCCUCUCCUGUCGCUCAAAGAAUUUCUCAUGUAUAUCGCAGCUUUCAACGCCAGAGACUACAAACUCCAACAUAGCUUCUACCAUGAUGAUCUCAAGAUGGUCAUCCCCGACCCUGAGAUUGGAACUCUAUUCGGAUCAACUGGCAUUAUGAACCAUUAUGACUUGGUUCAUGCGGAUGCUCAAGAAACGGUCGUCCCAAUGUUUGUGAUAAUUAAUGAGAAUCGGAUUUUCCUCAGUAUGGAAGCCUACUUUUUCUACACCAGAGCCACAGACAAGGCUGUUCACAGCCACAAGGUCAAGCCGGGCGAUGUUAUUCGCGUGAAAGUCUGGGCUGUCUACGAUAUGCAGGAUGGGAAGAUGGCGUGCAUUACUUGUAAUGCUCUUGGUGAUGAAUUCUUGGGCGAGGUUGAUGUGGAUGAGCUUAUUACAAUCAGUUGGAGUCGCGCUGAUGAUGAUGUGAAGAUUUGUUGGAAGGAUAAAGGAGCUUUUUGA